AUGGCACGUCAGCAGCAGCAGCUCAUGGAGACGCAAAAUCGGCUCAACGACCGUCUCGUCGGCAUCGUCGACGACGUGCGAGAGAUUCGAGAGCACCAGAAGCAGCUAGAAUCCGUUAUUGGCGAGCUCGGUGGUCCUGAGCAGCUGCACCACGUCCGGUCGCGCAUCGCCGACGUGGAGAGGGCGGUGGAUGGGCUGGCGAGAGAUGUGCAGGAUGCAAAGGGCGUCGCGAAUGGGGCUGGGCGAGAUGCCGAUCAAGCCGGGCGGCUCGCAGAUGACGCGCACCGUGUCGCUUUGAGCGUUCGCGAUGCGGUGAACACGCUAGGCGGAGACAUGGACAAGGUCGCCCACCAGCUGGAGGCGCAUCGCAAAAGCAUCAGCAAAGCUCUCGGCGAUCUUGACAAGGAUCGCCACGACUUGGAGCACCAGAUGCACGAGGCUAUGCGAGAGUUGCUGCAGCGCGCAGAGCGCAUGGAGCGGGAGAGCGGGGUAGAGCGUCUGCGCCAAAUGCUGGACGAGCUCAGUGAUCGCACGGAUGAGAAUUUCCGCAGCGUCGAGGAGAGCGCGCGGGCGGUAGACGCGGAGCUGUCGCGGCAGGGCGCCAACCAAGCUGCCCUGCGCACAGAGAUCUCUGCGCUAGAUGAACGGGCCCGCACUGCGCUGGCGGCGCUAUCGAGUGACAUAGACAACAAACACCACAUGCUGCUAGACGCCUUCCGUCAGUACGAGGCUGGUUGGACGGACUUGGAGGAGCACAUGGUGCGUGCAGGGCAGAUGUUGGCGAGCCGAAAGCAGCGCUCUCCCGGCUCCACGAGUAUUCGACGCUGA